AUGCGUCAUGCAUUCGCUCGAAACUAUAAAACAUGGUAUCCCUACUCUCGCGUUUAUUCAGUUUUUAGACGCCGCCAUUAACGGACCUGUGUUUGUUAAGUUUUAACAGUUAUUUUACAAAUUUGCUAAGAUGACCAUCGACCUGUACUACGUUCCCGGCUCUGCGCCCUGCAGGGCUGUACUGCUGACAGCGAAGGCGCUCAACUUAAACCUGAACCUCAAACUGGUAGACCUACACCACGGGGAACAGCUCAAACCAGAAUAUUUGAAGUUGAACCCUCAACACACGGUCCCGACCCUAGUCGACGAUGGCCUUUCAAUCUGGGAGUCCCGCGCCAUCAUCACCUACUUGGUGAACAAGUACGCUAAGGGCAGCAGUCUGUACCCCGAAGACCCCAAAGCUCGUGCCCUAGUUGACCAACGAUUGUAUUUCGACAUCGGAACUUUGUACCAGAGAUUCAGUGAUUAUUUCUAUCCCCAAGUAUUUGCCGGUGCCCCAGCCGACAAAGCCAAGAACGAGAAGGUCCAGGAAGCCCUUCAGCUGCUGGACAAGUUCCUCGAAGGUCAGAAGUACGUGGCCGGACCGAACCUCACCGUCGCCGACCUGAGUCUCAUCGCCAGUGUCUCCAGCCUGGAAGCCUCUGACAUUGACUUCAAGAAAUACGCCAACGUUAAGAGAUGGUACGAGACGGUUAAGAGUACAGCUCCGGGUUACCAGGAGGCCAACGAGAAAGGACUGGAGGCAUUCAAGGGACUUGUCAACAGCAUGCUUAAAAAGUGAACACUUAUCAACACGAAAUGAAAACUUAUUCAAAAUAACGUCGCUGGAAUUAAAAUUGACCAACUAGGCAGAAUUAAAACGUCAUUGCUUAAAUUAAAAAUAUUCUUUAAAAUAAUAGAUUAUUAAAUUAGGUUGAAUUUAACAGUCGCCCUUUGCCUGAAAGUAAAUUAAUAAAUUUAAUAUGAUCUGUUCGCAUUUUAUCGAUAUGUUUCGUUUUUUGUCAUGUGAUACCCAAUCUGAAAUUCCAGUUGACGUUUGUAUUAUUGAAUUUCACAAUAUUCCACUAUCACGUUCACAAUGUUUGUUCAAGUCACGAAUGGUUUUGAUGCUCUUUUUUUCGUUUUUAAGUUUAUAGUUUUUAAGGCACAAAUAAAACUAUUAAUGAAAAA